AUGUUGGUCCCCAUUUCUACAUGUCUCGGCCAGUUCAAGUGGAAGCAGAAUAUCGGCCAGGAGCAGACACCUGUCCAGCUUUAUCACUUCGAUAUGCUGGACAAAGCUAGUAGAGGCCCGUGGGGUGCUUUGGAGGUACUGUGGCACAUGCCAGGGUCUCUACCAAUGGCUGGCGCUAUUUUGAUGAUUCUUUCGCUCGCAAUAGACCCGUUCUCCCAGCAAAUACUCGCGUUCCCCUCACGCGAGGUGGUAGCCAGGAAUGAGAAAACCAGUUUCAUCCAGGACUACAAAGAAAAUUUUAACUAUGAUAACCAAUUACCGACCGACCCCACGCUGCAAAUUGCGAUUUUGAACGGCUUAGCGCAAAGUUACGAUCCACUAGAGCCACGGUGCUCUACACCCAACUGCACAUUCCCGGACUUUGCGACCUUGGGAGUCUGCUCACAUUGUAUGGAUGUCACCGAAAAGUCGAUUCAAUCAUGCCACUCCUCAAACGGGACUUCCAUGGGAAUAUUCCUCUCAACCCCAAUCAAUUGUUCAUAUACGAGCCCGAAUGGGCUGCAAAUCAAGCCUGAUUAUCUUUCUAUGUCGUCAACCACCGAUUCUCUCACUAUUUCCCACAAGCCAUGGUAUUCAAAUACAAGUGGCGUGGAAUUCUCGAGAGAUCCUAUAUCCAGUGAUUUUGUUUCUCUGCUUUCUGCGCAGUACUUCUCUGAUACAAACUGGACCUCUGUUAACAGAAACGAGUUUGAACCGAAACCUACCUUGACUGAAUGCUCCGUAUAUCCAUGUGAAAAGCAAUUCACCAACGUUACGUAUCUCAAUUCAGAUACUGUAGUCCCGAACCCGUCACAAAGUCAACGCCUUGUCCCUGACUCGGGUUGGAGCCUCUCAGACGUCAGUGCUGGAACCGUGACAUAUCUUCAAUACCGUCCCGUCAAGGGCGCCGCGACAUAUUCGGAGAACUCAAAUUAUACCAUCGACAAGAGCACAAUUUCUAACAUGAUACCAUACUUGGCUGACCUAUUUAGCGACGAUGAGUCAACCGCAGCCUUGAUUUUGUCCAAUAACAGUCAGAAUAGAGUUGCUGAAUUAUUCGACUCGAUGGCCACCAGUAUGACCGAUCUCAUCCGAACUUCGGCCAAUAGCAUCCGUAUUGAAGGAACGGCCUACCGAACAGAAACCUUCAUCCAUGUCCGCUGGCCAUGGAUAAUAUUUCCCAUUCUCUUGGUCAUGCUCUCCAUCGUGCUGUUAAUAAUCGCUUUUAUGAUCAACCGCGACCAGCCUGUACUAUGGAAAUCAUCCAUAUUUCCAUUCUUACUUGGUAAAUUGGAGUUGAGAUCGGAUACCAAUAUCAUGAAACUGCGCCGUUUGAAUGACCUGCAAUCUGAAUCCAAGAAAGUCAAGGUGGUUGUUUGCGACCACGACGAUGUUCUUUCUUUCAUCGACUUUCGUGAGGAUCACGAGACUGAGGAGGAAUGUAACUACCAAUCGAAUGUUCCAAAAUAA